AUGGAUCCCCCUCAAGAAAUUCUCAGAAAAAUUCUGGAAGAUAGAGAAUUCAGAAAUCUCAUCGAAAAUUCACUCGAAGGAGAUGAAAAAUUUGAAACAUUUGUUGGACAGAGAAUACUUGUUCCAAUUGCCGUUGCGUAUAUGGAAAAACUAUGCUUCCAUUAUGACCAAAAAACUUAUUUACUAGGUAAUUUCGAGUUUUUAGCAGUCCUUUUCGAGAAUUUUAGGGCAUACAGAAAAUUAUUUGAGUUACUGAUGUCACUUGUGCAAGAUCUGAGGGUAGUCUUCACAAUCCCACAGCAGCGAAUGUCCAAGAUUACUCCUGCUCCCCAUCUUAAUGAAGUUGUUAUGGAGUUUAUCGACUUUCUCCUCCAACUUUUAGAAGAAAUAAUGCGCCUUGAACCAGAUUUCAUUGUUCCAGUCAAGGGUUCAAUCAAAAACCUCCAGACAGAACUUGGAUUCUUAAUCAGCUUUCUUGGAGAUGCACCCCUACACAAUGAGGUGGACAUAACCAAGAAUAUAUUGUCAGAUAUCAAAGUCGUUGUCAAUGAGGUUGGAAGUUUCUUAUAUUCAAUAUUCUCAACAAGGGAUGAUAUAGUCCUGGCGACUGGAAGAUAUAGUCUUUCUCUUUCUGAUUUCUUACAAGAGUUUGAGCUCUUGAAAAUAAAGAUCAAGAAGCACUGCAUCACAGUCCCAAAGUUGUCAGGUUGUUUCGCUACAAAGAGUAGUGUGAUUUCGUUCUUAACUGUGGAUUCUCUCCUCGAUGAUCUCGAGGACCUGAUCAAUUAUAAGGCUCACAGGAUUGUCCCCGUGAUGGAUCAAAUCAUAAUGCUCUACGAGGAGCUAUCGUUGUUGAGAUCAUCCCUCAAUUAUAUGAUUGCGAAGAAAACCAGAGACUUAGCAUAUGAAAUUUCAUAUGUUAUCGAGUCGGUUACUCCUGUCUGGUAUCUCACACUCAGGCUCUCUCAACUCCUAGAGAAGAUUCUUCUUGUUAAGAUGGCAAUACAAAAAAAGAAGAGCAGUAGUAUUGACGCUGGAAUACCAGAAGAAGAAUAUCCAUGUGAGCAAGUACCGCCUCAAGCUAAAGAACUGGACAAUUUGGAAGACGGUUUUGUGGGUUUCAAGGAUGAGAAAACCAAAAUUGCUGAUCAACUCACCAGUGGACUACUAAAGCAACAAAUUAUUUCCAUUGUUGGAAUGCCUGGACUUGGUAAGACUACUUUAGCAAAGAAAUUGUUCAAUGAUCCUUUCAUUGUCCAUUAUUUUGACAAAUGUGCUUGGUGUGUGGUUUCUCAAACAUACAAGAAGAAAAAUGUAUUGAUUGACAUUUUGACAUCGACAAGAAAGCAUAAUAGAGAAACAAUCACGGAAAUGGAGGAAGAAAAAUUGGCUGAAAUGCUUUACAAAAGUUUAAAAGGACUGAGACACCUCAUUGUCAUGGAUGAUAUAUGGGACACGAAACCGUGGGACGAUUUGAAAAGAUAUUUUCCAGAUGAUAUAACAGGAAGUAGAAUCUUAUUCACAUCUCGGAACAAAGAAUUGGGUUUCAGUGAUGUUGUUAAUGAACUUCCUUUCCUAUCAAAUGCUGAAUGCUGGGAAUUAUUACCGUGGAAAGUGUUCCAAACAGAACCUUGCCCUCCAAAAUUGCUUUGGAUUGGUCAGCAUAUUGCCUCAAGAUGUCGUGGUCUACCUCUGUCAGUCAUUAUGAUAUCUUCCAUUCUUGCAAAUAUGCAGAAGAAAAGCAGCUCAUGGGAAAAAAUAUCUGGACAUUUAAAUGCACGCAUAUUUGACAGCACAAAUAAUUGCUUCCACAUACUGAAACUUAGUUACCAGCAUUUAUCAGUUGAUUUGAAACCUUGUUUUCUAUACUUUGGAGCAUUUGAAGAAGAUGAAGCAAUCCCAGUACGGAAGUUGAUAUCUCUAUGGGUUGCCGAAGGGUUUAUAAACAAAGAAAACCACAGGAGCUCAGAGGAUGUGGCACACGAUUAUCUAAUGGAUCUAAUUAAUAGGGGUCUGGUACUAGUUGCUGAAGAAAGAUCAAAUGGUGGAGUCUAA